AGGAAGGAAGAAAGAGUCAUCCACAGGUUGGACACUGAUAUCCAAAACGAAUGGCAUUCAUAAGCUUGCUCGAUCACUUGAGAAAUCUCGUCCUCGAUCUUUAGAUUCUUGCUUUCACAGAAUCUCUCUCAAUGUUCACUCCCAAUCUCACGUAUUCGUCCUCCAUUUCCACUGUCACUUUCUCCCAAUCCGACCAUCAAUACCCCAUAAAUGCCUCUCUACUUCUCAUUCCAAAUCUUCUCAACAGAACUCCACAUCAAAGAAGCCUAUCCCACCUAUCAGCUUCCCCCACCACUCCGUUCGCCCGUCUGGGAACCAAAGUUUCCAGCUUUAGCAAAAUCCACGGCUACCCGGUUGGCCUUUCUUUUCAGAUUCAAAGUUCAACCACCAAGAUUGGCCAUUGGAGCAGAGUCUCUGCAAAACCUUGUGGGCUUUCUUCAAAAUCCAGAUCCCAAGUCUCCAGAGCAGCAUCAGAAGCCAAUUCUGGAGGUGAAAGUGCUGCCUCCGAGCCCAAGACCAAUAACAAGACCCUGCGGCUAGGACUUGUGUUUGGUCUAUGGUACUUUCAGAACAUUGUCUUCAACAUCUACAACAAGAAAGUACUGAAUUUCUUUCCAUUCCCAUGGCUUCUUGCCUCGUUUCAACUCUUUGUCGGGUCUGUCUGGAUGUUCAUGCUUUGGUCUUUAAAGCUCCAGCCUCGCCCGAAGAUUUCAAAGCCAUUCCUCAUUGCCCUACUCGGACCUGCACUUUUCCACACCAUAGGCCACAUCUCAGCCUGUGUUUCAUUCUCUAAGGUAGCUGUUUCUUUCACCCAUGUCAUCAAAUCCUCGGAGCCUGUAUUCUCGGUCGUGUUCUCGUCUUUCCUUGGCAAUACGUACCCUUUCCAGGUCUGGCUCUCAAUCCUCCCCAUUGUUCUUGGUUGCGCCUUAGCUGCCAUUACCGAAGUUUCUUUCAAUUUCCAAGGCUUGUGGGGUGCUUUGAUUAGCAACGUUGGGUUUGUAUUGAGGAACAUCUAUUCGAAACGCAGCUUGCAAAGCUUCAAGGAGGUUAAUGGUUUGAAUUUGUAUGGUUGGAUAACUAUUAUUUCGUUGCUGUAUCUAUUUCCAGUGGCAAUCUUUGUUGAAGGGUCUCAAUGGGUACAAGGGUACCAUCAAGCAAUUCAAGCUAUAGGCAAACCAUCUACAUUUUACAUAUGGGUUUUGCUGUCUGGUAUCUUUUACCAUCUCUAUAACCAAUCUUCUUACCAAGCAUUAGAUGACAUCAGCCCCUUGACAUUCUCUGUUGGGAACACAAUGAAACGGGUGGUGGUGAUUGUAUCUACUGUUUUGGUGUUCAGGAAUCCUGUUAGGCCUAUGAAUGCACUUGGAUCCGCCAUUGCCAUAUUUGGGACGUUCUUGUAUUCUCAGGUAACAGCAGCUUCAAAGAAGAGUGGAGGUGAAAAGGAGGAGGAUUGAAAGGAAUCCUGAUGGUCUUUUCCUCCACCACACGCACACAAUAUCUUGUCUGUGUUCCUACUGUAAAUGUGUGAAAUACUAGCUUGAGUCGAUCUCUGAACAAAUUACCUGCAAUUAUGAUUAGUUUUUGGAGGAGAGAAUUGGAAAACAGAGUGGGAUGUGUGGCCUCCUCAAAUAUUUUCUUGAACACGAUAGUUAGGAAGGCUUUAUUUUAGCUUUCUUAGUGGUAAGUAAUCACAAUUUCAGAACUUGUAUUACAUUCUGGAACCUUAGAAGUUGACUAGAAAAUAGAUUGAGAGAUUAAUGUCUAAGAUAGGCUUUCUCAUGUUUCUUAGUUGUUGGUUAAAACGCGAUUGUGCAAUUUUCUU